ACUUUGACUGCCUCUGGCCUCUUGAGUCUUUCUGCAACGUUUGCAAAAACCCGGAACGGAACAUUUCCGAGCGGUGGAGCGGCGCCGCCACUCGCCGCACCUCCCGGCUGUACUGAGAGGCCUCGCUGGGCAUGCUCAGUCGACCGGGCCGCUUCAGCUCGCGGAGUCGGAAGCUCAGGCGCUCGGCUUGUGAGGAGCCGCGGCGGGGGGGAAGAUGGAGCCUUUCACCAAUGAUCGACUUCAACUCCCAAGGAAUAUGAUUGAAAACAGCAUGUUUGAAGAGGAACCAGAUGUGGUAGAUUUAGCCAAAGAACCUUCUUUACAUCCUCUGGAACCUGAUGAGGUAGAAUAUGAGCCCAGAGGUUCGAGACUGCUGGUGCGAGGUCUUGGUGAGCAUGAGAUGGAUGAGGACGAAGAGGAUUAUGAGUCAUCUGCGAAGCUGCUGGGCAUGUCAUUCAUGAACAGAAGCUCAGGCCUUCGGAACAGUGCUGCUGGCUACAGGCAGAGUCCUGAGGGGGUUUGUUCAGUACCCUCUGCAAGGACCUUAGUAGUCUGUGUUUUUGUCAUUGUGGUUGCUGUCUCUGUAAUCAUGGUGAUUUAUUUACUGCCUAGAUGUACCUUUACCAAAGAAGGCUGCCACAAAAAAAACCAAUCAACAGCGCUAAUUCAGCCAGUUGCAACAAAUGGGAAAUUGUUUCCAUGGGCACAAAUUAGGCUUCCCACUGCCAUUAUGCCUCAGCUCUAUGAACUUAAACUACGUCCAAACCUAACCUCAAUGACAUUCAGGGGUUCUGUGAAAAUUUCACUUCAGGCUCUUCAGGCCACAUGGAAUAUUGUCCUUCAUAGCACAGGUCAUAAUAUCUCAAGAGUGACUUUUAUGUCAGCAAUUUCAAGCCAAGAAAAAACAGUUGAAAUCCUGGAAUAUCCAUAUCAUGAACAAAUCGCCAUUGUUGCCCCUGAAGCCCUUCUACCAGGGCACAAUUACACCUUGAAGAUAGAGUAUUCAGCAAAUAUAUCUAAUUCUUAUUAUGGGUUUUAUGGCAUCACCUAUACAGAUAAAAGUAAUGAGAAAAAGUACUUUGCAGCAACUCAGUUUGAACCCCUGGCAGCAAGAUCUGCUUUUCCUUGUUUUGAUGAACCAGCAUUUAAAGCCAUAUUUAUUAUCAAGAUCAUACGGGAUGAGCACCACACUGCUUUAUCUAAUAUGCCUAAGAAGUCCUCAAUUCCUAUAGAAGAUGGUCUUGUUCAGGACGAGUUUUCUGAAAGUGUGAAGAUGAGCACAUACCUGGUUGCAUUUAUUGUGGGGGAGAUGAGGAACCUGAGUCAGGAUGUAAAUGGAACCCUGGUUUCUGUAUAUGCUGUACCAGAAAAGAUUGGUCAAGUUCACCAUGCCUUGGACACCACUGUGAAGCUCCUUAAGUUUUAUCAGAACUAUUUUGAAAUUCAGUACCCACUUAAGAGCGCAGAUUUGGUGGCCAUUCCUGACUUUGAAGCAGGAGCAAUGGAAAAUUGGGGCUUGCUUACAUUUCGAGAAGAGACACUUCUGUAUGACAAUACUACUUCUUCAGUAGCAGAUAGAAAACUGGUCACCAAAAUUAUCGCUCAUGAACUGGCACAUCAGUGGUUUGGUAAUCUGGUAACAAUGCAGUGGUGGAAUGAUCUGUGGUUAAAUGAAGGUUUUGCCACUUUCAUGGAGUAUUUCUCUCUGGAAAAAAUAUUCGAAGAGCUCAAUGGUUAUGAAGAUUUCUUAGAUGCUCGGUUUAAAACCAUGAAGAAAGAUUCCUUGAAUUCAUCUCAUCCAAUAUCAUCAUCUGUUCAGUCUUCAGAACAAAUAGAAGAAAUGUUUGAUUCUCUUUCCUAUUUUAAGGGAGCUUCACUUUUGUUGAUGCUGAAAACUUACCUUAGUGAAGAUGUAUUUCAGCAUGCUAUUAUUCUUUACCUGCAUAAUCACAGCUAUGCAUCCAUUCAAAGUGAUGAUCUCUGGGACAGUUUUAAUGAGGUCACAAACAAAACACUAGAUGUAAAGAAAAUGAUGAAAACCUGGACCCUGCAGAAAGGAUUCCCUUUAGUGACUGUCCAAAGGAAAGGAACAGAGCUUCUUCUACAGCAAGAGAGAUUCUUUUUAAGCAUGAAACCAGAAAUCCAGGCUUCAGAUUCAAGCUACCUGUGGCAUAUUCCAAUAUCCUAUGUCACCAAUGGAAGAAACUACUCAGAAUAUCGAUCAGUUUCAUUACUGGACAAGAAAUCAGAUACCAUCAAUCUUACAGAACAAGUGCAGUGGGUCAAAGUCAAUACAAACAUGACUGGCUAUUACAUUGUACACUAUGCAGAUGAUGACUGGGCAGCACUAAUCAAUCAGUUAAAAAGAAAUCCUUAUGUUCUGAGCGACAAAGACCGAGCCAACCUCAUCAAUAACAUCUUUGAACUUGCAGGCCUCGGCAAGGUGCCUCUUCGGAUGGCAUUUGAUUUGAUUGAUUACCUUGGAAAUGAGAACCAUACUGCACCUAUCACUGAAGCCUUGUUCCAGACAAGCCUUAUCUACAACCUCCUUGAAAAACUGGGGCACAUGGACCUGGCCUCGAGAUUGGUGAUAAGAGUAUAUAAAUUGCUCCAGAUCCAAAUCCACCAACAAACUUGGACUGAUGAAGGCACGCCAUCCAUGCGAGAGCUUCGAUCAGCCUUACUGGAAUUUGCCUGUACCCACAACCUAGAGAACUGUACAACUGUUGCCACAAGGCUGUUUGAUGAUUGGAUGGCAUCGAAUGGAAGUCAGAGCCUCCCUACUGAUGUCAUGACAACUGUGUUCAAAGUUGGAGCCAAAACUGAGAAAGGCUGGUCAUUCCUCUUAAGUAUGUAUACCACUGUGGGCUCUGAAGCAGAGAAGAAUAAAAUACUUGAAGCUCUUGCCAGCUCAGAGGAUGUACGGAGACUUUACUGGUUAAUGAAAAGUAGCCUUGAUGGAGAUAUCAUCCGAACACAGAAGUUGUCACAUAUAAUUAGAACAGUGGGCAGACACUUUCCUGGACACUUGUUGGCAUGGGAUUUUGUGAAAGAGAACUGGAAUAAGCUUGUACAUAAGUUCCAUCUGGGGUCCUAUACCGUGCAAAGUAUUGUUGCUGGAUCAACUCACUUGUUUGCAACAAAGGCACAUUUGUCUGAGGUCCAGGCAUUCUUUGAAAAUCAGUCAGAGGCAACCUUCCGGCUUCGUUGCGUCCAGGAGGCUUUGGAAGUCAUUCAGCUGAACAUCCAGUGGAUGGAGAAGAAUCUGAAAGCUCUGACGUGGUGGCUGUAGUAUGACAGUGACCUUCUGCCCCCCACUUCAGAGAGCUGUGAACUUGGGCUCUGCUGCUUUUGCAAAAGUUGAGGUGAAGCCGGGACCGCUGCUGAAGUUGUUUGCACUGUUAGUUCUAGCUAGCUCAGGGCCCAAAUGUACUUUUCAUGUCUUUUCUAAAAUGCCCGUAGGCAGUAUGUAGUUAUUUAUUACAAAAUUGUAUUCACCUGUAUGCCUGCCAGCUACAAAAAAAAAGUGAGUCAUUUUUCUUUGAACAUACAAAUGGAGAAAAAAAUCAGAUUUGGUCAGUGUCCAGAAACUGCUGACACAGUGAAACCGGGGAAGGUCUGUCAUAAAAACUGCCGUGUUUGCAGGCCGCCGAUUUGUCAGCACUGGUUGCUUCCUGUUGAUAGAUGCACCCAGAAUGUGGUAGCUAGGCUUGUAGUGUAGUGAGAAGACAGUGAAGAUGCAGCUGUAGACAACUGAUCUCAGGUGUGCAGGUCUACUCUGAUCGGGGGUUCUGUGUGUUCUUGACUUUUCUUAAAAAAAAAAUCUUAAUAUCUGCGACUAUUAAACUUCCUGCAGAAUAGCCAGGUGCUACAGAAUUUAUCUUUUUGUUGUUUUAUUGAACAGCUGAAAAAUUCAACUUUCAAAAUACAUUUACUUUUCUGUUUCAUCUUUUAUAGCAUUACUAUAGGAAAAUAUUCAAACUGAAUUAGCUUUAAUGAUAAGUACUUUAUUGAUGAAUGUCAGUAUCCCCAAAUCUGUACACCAUCACUGGUCCUGCCCUAGAUAGACCUUAUGCUACAGGUGAAUAUUUCUAUAUUUGUGGAAGAACACUUGGUUCUGUUAAGCACUGGUGUUUUUGUCAUAACUUUGAACACCAAGAAUGUAAUAAUUGUUUAAGUUUAACCUCACAAGUCAUACCACUCCCUGUAAAUCAUACCCAUGCAUGGAUUUUCAUUUUAUAUGUUAUAGUGGUAUAUUGGAAGCAUUUAUAUGAUAGGGCCUUCAAGAAUUUUUUUUUAAUUUGAAGUUCACCAUAGGAACAAAAAGAAGGUGGGACAGGAAUAAGUUGAAUUAAUGUUUAGUACGGUGGGCUUUGAAGUUUUUGCCACUGUUAAAAAAAUUAGUUUUUCUUUUAUGAUGGCCAAACUAACAUUGAAUAGACAAGGAACAAGCAAAAGAACAGUGAGGGGGUAUCCAAACUGAAAACAUUUUCACUCCUUCUGAGGAAGAAAUGCUGUACUUGAACCUUUUGAGCUAUGCAGACUUAUUUCUAGAUUGUUGUGUUUCUUUGAUUCUUAGGAGAGAAGUUUUCUUCCUGAUAACUCAUGAGAACUCUAUAUUUUGUUUGGAAGCAUUGUCUCUGUACAUACAAAGGGAGUUACUCAUUUAUGAGCACUUAAAACACUCCACAGAGUCAGACAGUAGGAAAGGCCACCUUUUAUAUUCAGCUGAUAUAAAGUUAGAAUAUGUGGAGUUGUAUACAAAGUUAUAGUUUAUUUUAUGAAAAUAUUUUUAUAUAACAAAAUUUUAAUGACUGGCAAGCUGAAAAAUAGCCUGCUUUAGUCCUAGUAUGUUUCCUCCCAAUUUAGUCUUUUCUGAGCAUUUAUCUGUUUUUGAGUAGAAAAUAUUAUUCCUGAGAAUCACAGAAUCAUCUUGAUGUCUUACCGAAAUGGGUAAUUGUAGAUCUUUAUUCUCCUUGUACGUUGGUAAAUGAAUGAUAGUUUAGUUGCUGUUGAAAUUUAGUGGGGUUUUGUAUUGUCAGAGUGAAGGAAAAACACUAACUCUUAAGAGGGUUUGGUUGCUUUUUUCCUCCCAUGUUCUAUUACUAAAUUACACUUUGAUACAAAGUUUAACUUUUGCUACUUUCAACAUCAGUUCAGGUUCUUCAGACUACCCUACCCAUUAUCCAUUGUGCAUUGCCCUAAAGUGUAUGUAACUGCAUAUGGCAAAUCUUGUCUUACAUUAGAUAACUUUUGAGUAUGAAUGCAUGUUAUAUGUGGUGUUCUAAAUAAAACCUUAUGAAAAUAAUAGGCUAAAAAAGAGGUAAUUCUUAAUCCACUGCUGAUCAAGGCUAUUCAUGACCUUGGAGCCAUAAUAUUUGCAGUUUUAUUUAUAGGAGGCCUCACUUUAAUUUUCCAACAGAAUUCUGUUAAGUCUUCAUGCUUUGCUAAUUCACUUAUGUGGGACCUCUUAGAACUAACUCAAAGUUAAAAAUGUAAGUUUAUUUAUAGUAUUGGUAGCAUUCAGAUUCCCCUCCUCCCUAAUUUAAUCUGUUCAUGUUAAAGCACAGAAGUCAGAGUAUGCUUUUAGUAUAAGCACAUAUGCCUGACACUAUUGAGUAGCAGUUGAACAAGCAUUCUGCUCGUUACAGAGAAAGUGUGCACUUGAAUGUAUCAUGAAAGGCACAUCAUACUAGAUCAUUAGGAAAACUAGAAUUGGAACUCUAGGUCUGUGAAAAGAAAAUUUGAUUUGGAGAUCUGAAAGGUUAUGAAAGUAGAAAUUAGAUUAGUAGAGUUUAUUUUGUUAGUGUGAAGUUUUUCUAAUAACGUGAAAGUAAGGACGGCUUCCCGUCAGAAGCUUGUGCCUUCUUCUGUCUCUUUCUAUUUAUGUGACUUUUAAAAUGAAACUGUAUUUGUCAUUGCUUCAGUGUUCACGAGCUUUUUUGCUAUCACAGGUUCUACUUCACUGAUUUUCUUUGUCAUAUGUGUUUUCAUUCUAUGAGACUUUGGCCACCAUUGCAACAAAAGCUGCAGAAGAGUCCUGGGUAUAGAGAGCAAGUCCAGCAGCUCCAGUUACUGGGCACCAAACAGUCCUUUCUGCAUAUCAGGAAGAAACUAAAAUUCAGUGCUGAGUUUGUUGGGUGACUGAUAGCCUGUUAUUGAAUUGGAUUUUAAGAGUCUACUUAAAUCUAAAGCAUCUGGAACUAUAAUCUGCAACCAGGCUGAUGAGCACUUAUGUAAGCCCAUGUGUUCCGUGGGCUCCAGGGAGGGUAUAGUGUAUUGCAGGUGUGCCAUCCCCAAGGACAGCAGUUCCUGAGCUGAUUUCAAAAGUAGGCAUGGGUUUACCUCUGUAGGCCUCUAGGAAUUUGGGAUUAUAGGUAAUGAUGUAGCGCUUCUCACCUUUGCCUUACUUGUUUAUACUGGAAUUCAUUCUUUUUUAAAAAACAAAACAAAACAAAAACUUUCUCUCCCCUCACCUCUGUUUGUAUUUUUUUUUAAACUAAAGUAUAUAUUUUUGAUGGGUUUUGUGUUUCUAUUUUCUUCAAUCUCUGCAAUGGCAAAGAAGUACAAAAUGAAAAGUGGAAGUCGAAUAACAUGAUGAAUCUCUUCUCCACAUCCUUUAUUGCCUCCCUGGGCAAUGACUAGUAGGAUAGGUGAUUGGCUUUUAGAGGGUUUGGGGUUUUGGUGGGGAGGGGUUUGAUACAUAUUUUUUAAAUGUGCACAUGUAUUUUGGUAUGUUUUUAUAUUUCAUUUUGUAAAUUUUGUCCUGGUGAAGGGUAAAAUACUGUCCUAUGAAAAUCCCUCUCCUCUCUUCAUAUUGCCUAUUGUGGGCAGUAGCUACAGAGUAGUUAUUUGGUUUUCUUUUUUAAAAGCAUUGGUAGUUUAGGGGAGGGAAAAGGGGUAGCUCCUUUUAAAGGUGUAGAAAUGAUUUUGCUGCUAUUUAUGACGUAUUUAGUGCUGCCCUCAUACAUUCUUCUUGUGGACAUGCAUGUAAAUGCUGCAGGUCCACAUGGAUGCAUGGAUGGGCAGUAACAUUAGUGGCAGGCAGUGGCUGUUGCUGUGGUCUAGUCUUAGGAAUUUGGGUUAUCUCAUUCAAGCACAUUAUAGAUGCUAUUCUACUUUUUAUAUUUAUCUUUGUUUCUUUACAUAGAUGCUAUAUGCUUAAUGAACAUUACAACUGAAUAUGACAGAGCUUUUUACUUUUCCUUGAUGCCUUUUGAGGGAAUAGCUAAUAGUUUGUCUUGUUUGAGAAUGUGGGCGAAAGUAGAGUAUGUGCCCAGUUGUAUAAAUGUACUUGCUACUAUUUUGUAUUACUAAUUCAUUUUAUACUGUGUCUUUCAAGUGGAUGUGAAAGUACCUGGUGACAUGUGGAAGACUGGAAGUGUGACAGUCACCUGUUCUUCCCACCUGCUGGGCAAUAAGAAUGGAGUAGUUAUAUUGGAGGAGGGGUGCGGGGAAUUGUACCUAAUGUCUGCAUAUAUGUUCUUGUAUCAAUGUAUACAUUAAUAAAAUAUGUACUAUAUUGUAUUAAUACAUUGGGUACACAGACUGAAAAGUACCCAGUGGUCCAUGGAGUUCCACAUGUAUAACAGUGUCCCCUUUCCCUUUCCCUUAUUGCCUAUGGGCAGUACUUUUUAAAGUAGUUUGAAAUUUGAGUUUUUUUUGAAAAGCAUUUUUUUGUUAGAGAAAUUAGUUUGUAGGCACGGGUAUAAUCUUUUAAAGUAUAUAUAGGUGCAAGCAGUAUCUAGUAGAGUAGGUAAUGCUUUGGGCCUGUUCCUGUGUUGGGGUGGCGGGCCUGGCUAUGCUUUCCCUGAGCACAUACUUUUUCUUCUUUGUCACUGCAUUCAUUGGUUGCCUGUCUUGCACUUGGACUUAUAGUUUCCUGAUGAACCAUGGAGCUCUGGGUCUUAACAGUCUCCUUCCUUGCCUGUUUUGUCUAUGUGGGCAAUACCUUCCAAGUAGUUGAGGGAUUUUCUUUUCUUUCUUUUUCUUUUUUUUUUAAGGCUUAGAGGGGACUAAGGGCAGGAUAUGUACUCUUAAAAUGUAUAUAGUUUUUAUUACUUCAUUUUGUACUGAGUCCUUUGCAUGGGCAUACAGGUACCUAAUGAAAUAUGGAGGUCCGGAUGUAUGAAAACUUCCUCUUUUCCCCUUUCCUCAUUGCCUCUGUGGGCAAUAGUUACAGAGUAGUAUAGAUUUUCUAAUUCUACCCCACCCAGAAGGGUGGCUAUGUAUAUACUUUAAAUAUGUAUAUAAAUAUUUUUAUCCUUUUUUUCUGUUAAUUCAUUGUGUACCUGGGUUUGUCUGUGGACAGUUAGGUACAUAAGGAAAAUUGAGGUUCAUUCUAUGAAAAACUCUCCCCUUUCCCCUUCCCUUAUUGCCUGUCUGGGCAAUGGCUAGUAGAGUAGUUGUUCGCUUCUUUGGCAAGGGUGGGGUGGAGUAGUUCGGUUUUUUGUUGUUUUUUUGUUGUUGUUGUUGUUGUUUGGUUUUGUUUUGUUUUGUUUUUGGUAGGGUGUCUCUAGUCCCAACCUGGAAGUCAUUAUGUGGACCAGGCUGGCCUCAAUCUCACAGAGAUCCAUCUACCUCUGCCUCCCAAGGGCUGGGAUUAAAGGCAUGUGCCACCAUGCCCGGCUGGGUUUUACUCUUUUGAAUGUACAUAAAAGUUUGACAGAUUUUUUCAGUCAUUCAUUCCCAACCUGUUUUUGUGUUUGAAAAGACAAAAGUAUAAACCCAGAGGCCUGUACUGUAGUGUAGUGGUGUAUGAGUACUACCGGACUUGCUUGCUUUUUGUUUGUUUGUUUGGGUUUUUUAAUAAUGGGAAGUGGGCUUGCUAACGAAAAAGGUAACCAUGUAUAUAUAUUUAGCUGUGGAAAUGCUUUUUCCCCUUUGUUGUGUUAAUAUCAUUUUGAGCCUGGGUUUUGGCAUGACUGUUUAUUAACAGGUACUUAAUGAGUGCUGAGAUUGACUCUAUGAAAACUCUCCACACUCCCUGUCCCUUAUUGCCUAGUGGGCAAUGGUAGAAUAGGUGUUUGUCUGUCUGUUUGUGGGGGGGUGUCUGGGUGUACAUAUGUUUUUAAUGUAUAUAAAUAUUUGCUAUAUUCUGUGUAUUAUUUCACAUAGCCCAUUACUUUGCUGGGACUUGUAGAUACUUAAUGAACAUGGAGGUCCAGACGUAUGAUAAUUCUCCACUGCUCCCCUUCCCUUGUUGCCUGCAGAGGCAAUAAUUUUAUAACUUAGGGGUUUGGGGGGUUUGUUUAGGUGGGUAGUACUUAGGGAAAAGGGACAGGGUUUAUGCUUUUAAAUAUAUAUAUAUAUAUAUAAAUAUUUUUAUGUUACUGAUUAGGUCCCAUGUCCUUUGCAUGGAUAAAUGGGUACCUAAUGAAAAUUGAGGAUCAAUGUAUGACAUACCUCCCAUCUCCCCUUUCCCAUAUUGCCUAUAUUGGCGAUAGUGAGUACAAUAGUUAGUUGUACAUUAUUUACUUAUUUUGAAGGUUUAUUUUUGACAAGAGAAUAUUCUUAGUAUACAGAGUUUUCCUUUAUUUGAUUUUGUGCUGAGUUCUUUCAAUGGCUAUAAAGGGCAUAAUAAAAAUUGAGUUUAAGAAUCUGACAGAGCACAUCCUUUCUCACAUAUUCCCUUGUUUAGAGGUAGAUAGUAAUGUUGUCCUGUGAUAAUUCUGUGUUCUCUAGGAUAUAUACCUUAAGGAUGCAAAUGCAUAACACAUAUAUAUGUAAAUUUCCCAUUUGCCCCCAUUAUUUCCCUUUAAUAAUUAGUCCUUUGCAGGACUCUAGCUACCUGUAUGCAGGAAAAAUAAAGACUCAUGAUGUCUUGGGCAUCUGGCUGGAAGAUGCAGCCUGGGACACCAUGUGUGAUGAUAGGUAAUAGGCAUACAGCAAAUACGAUGAGAGAGGACACUUAGAAAUGGUUGAGUUUAAGAGCUAAUCAGAUCCAAUAUUUCUAGUGGUGAGUUAAACCCAGUUGGUGAAAAGUGACUUGUAGUUUUGUAAGUACCAUAAAAGUAGAGGACAGUGCUGAGUAAAAGUGUGUUUAAAGGUCUUUGUGGAUUGAAGGUAAGCCACUGAAGCUCAUGAGCUUAUAAUAGUACUCCCGACAACUCAUUUCAAGAUCCAUUAAGAAUAGUGUCUGUGUGAGAUCUGGAACUCUAAUCUCCAGAAUUCUGUUGCAGUUUUGUCAGUAGCAUGUUCUUGUAUAUCCAGGAGAAAUUGUUUUUAUUCUUAGAAUGAAUCUUUUGAGUAAUUGCCAACUGCUCCAGUGACUGACAACAUGAUCCCAGAAAGAAUUAGAGGGGCAAGUACUUUCCAUCUUUCAACAUAUGUGUCAGGGCAAAUUGGCCCUUUCUUACCCAGAACUCUUUUGUGUGGCUGAGUCUCUUUCCUCAGUUCUCCAUUAACUAACUAGACCAUUCCUGUUCUUUUUUCCCUUCUCCCUUCAGUGUCUGUAUCGUUGUUAGAUGCUAUCUUCAGUUGUACUCAGAAAUUUAAGCUAAUGCUGCCUCAUUAGCCUUGUGUUUCUGUAUGCAUUUCAUGUGCUUAGGCCUGUUUGCUCUCAGUGUUCUUAUAUCAUAUUUCACGUUGUCUUUUCAUCCACCACAUGGUAAAUGUUAUGACUACACACUUGUCUGCAUCAAAGAAAAUGCAUUUGCAAACCUCCCUCUUUUCCAGCAUCUUAGCUUUGUUUUAUUUUCACAUUUUUAAUAAUUCUAUUCCAUGGCAAAGAUUUGUCAUAUUGAUAUUUAAGAAACAUUGAGUGAUAGGACUCCUAGAAAAUGCUCAAAGAAAUGUUAUUUACCAUAUCAAACUCUCAGGAAUGUGUUGAAAAAUUAGCCUAGUAACAUUGCUAUUUCUUAUACCUGCUGCUGCAGAAAAAAAAAAGUUUAUUCAUGAGACAUUUAACUUUGAUCAUAAAUAAAAGAGAAAGGGCCAUGUUUUUGGAGUUAGUCAUGGUAGUCAUUAGUGAUAUUUCUGAACAGUUCUUAAUUUGAAAUACUUCAAAGGAAGUAAAGGUCAUGGCUUAGCUCAAAGAAAUACUGCAGAAGUCGAGCUGUAUAAAUCAUCAGUACAAUAAUACGCUUGUGUGUGCGUGUAUACAAUGAGAAUUGCAGUGUAAUUGAAACAUUCGGAUUAAUCAGCAAACUCGCAUUGAGACAAACCUUAGUCUCACAGCUGUCUUGAUUAAAGCCAAGUGUUCCCUAUUGCUGUGAAGAAUAGUCUCUUUCAAAUACUUUGGAAAGUAAUUACUUGGGAACUUACAAAGGUAUUACAUUUUUUUGUAUUUAAACACGGGUAGAAACUUCAGUUCCUUAAGUCUGAGUUUAUGGGUGGAAUUCUAAAUUUGAUCCUAAUCUGUUUUUUGUGGAAGACUUUGAAAAUAGUAUGUGUAUAUAUAAUGUUGUAUCUGCAAAUUGUAUUGUUUCACUUGUAUAAGGGAAAAGCUUAUUUUUCUUUAUAUUUCUUGUUUUGCAUAUGACCAGCACUGACUGAAAGGCAUGUUUAACUGCAAACACUGUUGCUUUCUUUGUGAAAUGAAAAUAAAAGUAUUUAAAUACA